CACUGACCAGUGACGACUACUUCACCACAUGUCCACAUCGUCAAACGCGCGCACGCGAGCGCAUUAUUAUUUACUAAUAAUUCGUGCCUCGGUAUUUACUGAUUAAUUACUGAUUAAUUACUUCACGCGUUAAAGUCUCGAAGAAUACUUUGAUUUUUUUUUUUGAUCGACUAAUGUUGAAAUACCGUCCGGAAAGCGCUGUCCCGCUUGAGCUGUGAGCUGAUUGUUAUUAUUUACAUAAUAUUGAUUUCAAACAAAAUCAAAAAUGUCCAGGACUAGAGUAUAUGAUGGAUAUACUAAACAUAAACAUAUUAGAAGCUACACAAAUGAUCCUAAAUAUACAAUAUUAAGUUUCGGAGCUCAGAAUAUAACUGAAGAUAAUUGUGUUGCAUCAACACCAACUAAACCAAAGGCUGAAGAAUCUUAUAAAUGUGAUAUUUGUGGUGAAGAGUUUUUAUUUAAAAAACGCUUAAUAUCUCACAUAAAGUGUCAUAUGAGAGAAAAAAAGUUUGAAUGUAAUACUUGUAAUGCAAGGUUUUCACACUUGGGAAACUUAAAUCUUCACAUCAUGAUUCAUACUGGUGAAAAACCAUUUAAAUGCAAUAUUUGUAAUAAAUCAUUUUCACGGAAAGGUAAUUUAGAAAUGCACACUAAUAUGCAUACGAAAGAAAAACAAUUUAAAUGCAAUAUUUGUAAUAUGACAAUUUUACAUGAAACAAUCUUAAAACGUCACUAUAAAACUCAUACUGGAUACAGACCAUAUAAUUGUGAGUUUUGUGAUAAAUCAUUUGCAAGGGUGGAUAAUUUAAAAUAUCACAUUAUGAUUCAUACGGGACAAAAUCAAUUUAAAUGUAAUAUUUGUGAUAAAAGUUUUCUACACCAAGGACUCUUAAAACGUCAUAAUAUGAUUCAUACUGGGGUUAAACCACAUAAAUGUAAUUUUUGCAAUUCCUCAUUUUCACGUAUUGAUAAUUUUAAGACUCACUUGAAAAGGAUCCAUCCUGGAGAAAAACAGAUGUAAAUUUAAUAUUUAAAUAAAUGGCUUCUACAUAAAACUGGAUAUUAGGAUUCAUUCUGGAGUUAACCCCUUUAAAUACUAAAAUUGAAUACAUGUUUUUCUCAUGCAAUAUUAUUAAGUAGAUGCCAAAUCAAUUAAAACGUUAAUAAACCAUUUAAUUGGGAUACCAGUAAAAAUAUUUUAAAAAGAAAGMAUUUACACAAAAAGUAAUUGAAAAAUCAUAUAAAAUUUUAUUUAGUUUAACAGAUUAAAGCACAAGGAAAUAGGGUAAUUUUACCUUCUUUUUCG